GCUUCUUCCAGCUGUGGAGGCACUAACAAUGGACGCUCAGAAAGAUGUUCAACCACCAAAGCAGCAGCCAAUGAUAUAUAUUUGUGGAGAGUGUCACACUGAAAAUGAGAUAAAGUCCAGGGAUCCAAUCAGAUGCAGAGAAUGUGGAUACAGAAUAAUGUACAAGAAAAGGACUAAAAGAUUGGUGGUUUUUGAUGCUCGAUGAAAUGGGGGAGUUCAGAAGUGUCUUCAUUCAUACAUUUGCCUCAUUGACGUUUCUCUUUAAUGUAUAGCAUUUGGCUUAGUGUACUUAAUGACUACAACUGUAUGCCUAUGAUUUCAUUUAGAAAUACAAUUGUAUUUUAAUACUUUGUAUAAAGGAAAUUUUGGUUCAAUAUAUGGCUUAAUUUAUUGUUCUUGUAAUUCCUCACACAGUGAAGAUUAAAAGUGUUUCCCC